GUCGUGCAGAGAGGAGUAUUCUCUUUCCAGUCUGCCAUAAUAUUUCGAGCAUUCAGUGAAUUGUUUCAUUGUCGCGUAUCUUCAACAGGUUGGUCGUCUACAUUGCUGGUUAGCAAAGUUUCACUACUUGAGUCAGUGAAAUUCAAGUAAAGUUUAAAGUGUCAUGCAUUAUUUUAUUAAAAAAUUUCUAAAUGUUAAUUCAAAUUGAAAGUUUAUCGAAAAUAUUGAAGUGAAAUUGAAAUUUAGAAAUUCUGAUAAAAGAUGAAAGCAAAAAAAUUCUUUUAGUGAUUUGUAUACGAAUACACCGGUAACUUGGAUGAAUCACGAUUUUGUCCUUCCUCCUCUUUCUCUUCCAUCACCAUUUCUUGGUUUGAACGAUGCAUAAUGAAGAGAUUUUAUGCAAUAUUUUUUUUAAUAUAUGCAUCUACUGCACAAUUAUCCAAUAAAUGCAAUGAUCCUAAUUGGCACACAUUGGAGAUGUUACAAAAUGCCAAAUCAGAUUGCGGACCAUUUUUUAAAAAUCGUUGCUACUGUAUGAAAACAUGUUAUGAAAAUCAUUAUCAAUAUGUUGUUAAUUGCACUAAUUCUGGAUUUAAUACUACGGCACCGCUAUCACAUUUGCCGAAUAAAACACAAGUACUCAUUUUUACCGGAAAUUAUAUCGAAGAACUUCCAUGGAAUGUAUUUGGUACUUUGGACAGCUUACCUAAUCUAAGAGUUAUCGAUAUGUCAAAUAAUAAAAUAAGGGAAAUUCGAGGAAAAACAUAUCAUCAUGUUCAACGCGUUGAACGACUUAUUUUAGAUUUCAAUAAUCUUUCAUUAGAUCCUGAAAGAAGGCAUCCUAGAGUAUUCUCUAAUUUUGUGUCUCUUUUGGAACUCCAUUUAACUGAUGCUUUCGAAAAUGGACCACCAAGAGAUCUUGCAGCGACAUUACACGAUAUUUUUGUAAAUAGUAAUUUAACACAAUUGAUAAAGCUCCAUUUAGAACAAAAUGAAAUAUCAGAAUUUCGAGACAGUAAUGUAUUCUGUGACCUUCCAAAUCUUUUGGAUCUCUAUUUAGGAGAUAAUAUUUUGACUGCUUUACAUUUUAAUAUAUCUUGUCUCCACAAAUUACAUUUCUUAGAUCUCCAACGAAAUAAGUUUACAAAAAUUGUUGAACGUGAUCUGCAUAUCAUGGAUACACUUGUUAAACAUAAUCAAAACAUAGCAGUGGAUUUUACUGCAAAUCCAUUUGAAUGUUCCUGUAAACUGAACCCAUUUAUCAAAUGGUUGAAUAAAACGAAAGUGUUCGUUCGUAACAAAGACAAUUUGAGAUGUUACGAAGAUAAUAUAUCUCAUGAAUUAUAUGAAAUAAAAAACUGCACACCAAAAUUAUUCUCAUCAACAGUACAUGGUGCAACUAUUUUAUUGUUUUUACUUUCAAUAGUGUUAAUAGGACUAGUGUGCGCUUUAAUUUAUGUACAACGCACAAAAUUACAAAAGAAAAUCGAACCCAUAUUAGAUUCGGUAAACAAGAAGGUGCGAUAUACAUCGAUAGCAACCGGUGAUACACGUGAAGAUGUAUAAAUAGAAAAAAAAUUUUUAAAUUAGUGAUUAGAGAAGAUUUGAUUAAAUUAACAUCUUUUUUAAAAGAGUCAAACAUUUUAUUUUAGUAUAUUUUUAAAUUAAAGAAAAAUUCUU